UGGGACAUCAUUAUGUGGGGAGAAGCCGCUGGUAGUGGUGCGCCGCUUUAAACUGCUCGGGUUGAGUGGGCUGGGUGGAGAAAGGAGUGGCAACGAUCUCAAGGUGACUGCGUUCCUGAUUAACAUGGCAUGGAUGGUCCAGCCGCUCCACGGCCUGAUAUCACGUACAGUGUGGAAUGCUUCAGUUCGAUCCAGCCACUGGCAUACGUCCAUGUUGUCACUCAGAGAAUCGUUGCCCAUGAGAGCUGAGCCUAAGAAAAAGAAAAAAGUGGAUCCCAAAAGGGAGCAGGCAGUGAGAGACCGUUUGAAAAAAAGAUUGAAGAAGUUGGAACGUGUUCCUCCAGAGCUGAUCCCAAUUGAAGAUUUUAUCACUCCCACAAAGUUCCUUGAUGAAUCCAGAGUUCGGGAUCUGCCCAAAGUGACAGAGGAAGAGACUGAGCAGCGCGCGCUUCUGAUGAAGGAAUGGUCACGAUAUAAGCAGAAGGAACAUAAAAAGGAAGCUGAAAUGAUUCAUUCCAUGAUUGAGGCACAGCAGGAAGCGCUACAGGAACUGCGUGUCGAAUCAGAGAACUUGUACCAGGCUGCAAUUAAACGGGAUCAAGGACUGUUUCCAUUGGAGUUACAAGGAUGCAGCUAUACUCCUCCUAUACCUGACUACCAAGCACCUGAUGGAAAAUACAGAGAAAACACGAAGGUUUAUACACAGUGACGUACAUGAGAACCUUUCACUUCUACCCUGUUAUUCUUUGAACCAGAUCUUUUUUAAAUAAAGUAAAUAUUGUCAUAAAA